GUUUUUGCAUGAGGACAUGGCAAGGGGGAAGCUUAUAUUAAUCUGUCAGUCAGGUGGUGAGUUUGUGUCAAACAAUGAUGGUUCCUUGCAAUACACUGGUGGAGAGGCACAUGCAGUUGAUGUCCACCACAGUACCAGCUUCGAUGAUCUCAAGUUAGAGUUAGCUGAGAUGUGGAACUUUGACAUCAAAACUAUGUCCAUAAAGUACUUUCUCCCAAGCAACAAACGCACCCUUAUCACUUUGUCUAAUGGCAAAGACCUAAAAAGAAUGAUUGAUUUCCAUGGCAACUCUGUAACAGCAGAUGUUUUUAUUUCUGGAAAAGAAUGUGUUUCACAUGAUGUAUUGAACAUGCAUGGCAGCAGGGGAAACAGGAUAAUGGUAGCUGCCUCCACUCCUGCUGCUGCUACACUAGUUGAUGUUGCCCCUGUUAUGAAUGCCACAAAUGGUCCCCCAGUUGAUGCUAGAGGCACCCUUGCAAUUGCUUCUGCUGCUACCCCAGUCACUGAUGCUGCCCCUUCUCUCAAUGCCCCCACUAUUGCUGCUUCUCUCAUCGUUACAGCAACUGAUGCUACAUUAUUCCCUACUCCCACUGCAGCCUCUAACCCUGUACCUGAUUGCACUACUGGCGGAAGCCUUGAUGUUGCUACUGAUGCAGCUAUCCCCAGCUCCAUUGGAAUCUAUUCUAUCCCAACCAUUCCUGCUGCUGCUACCACUUCCAAUAAUGUGCAGCAGCAAAAACACACUGCAUCCUGGACAUUUGGUAUCAAUGGUCCCAUUAUUGUUGCUGUUGCUGAUAACGUUAAGCAGGAAAGGGGCAUUGCAUCCCAGGAAAAAGAUACCAGAAAUCCCGCUAGUGUUGAUGCUAUUGUUGCUGUUGCUGAAACCUCAACAAGUGUCUUCAAUAAUCCCAGUAAUGAUGUUGUUGCUGAUGAUACUUGGCUGAAAAAAACUAUUGCAUCAUGGAAAAAGGGUAUCAAGGGAGAGGGCCAGCAAUUCAAGAGUGUCCAUGAAUUUCGUGAUGUGCUGCGGAAAUAUUCCCUUGCACAUCACUUUGCAUAUCAAAUGAAAAAGAAUGACACUGACCGUGCAACUGCCAUAUGUAGGGCUGAAGGCUGUUCUUGGCGGAUAAAUGCAUCAUGGAUGCCAAGUAAAGGAUCCUUUAUGAUAAAGAAGAUGAACAAGUCGCAUACAUGUGAAGGAAUUGUUACUAAAUCUUCUCAAUCAACAAAGAAUUGGUUGUCAAGUGUAAUAAAGGAUAGGUUGCGUGACACCCCAUAUUACAAGCCCAGGCUGAUUGCAAGUGACAUCUGUCGAGAGUUUGGGAUUGAAUUACACUAUUCGCAGGUAUGGCGUGGAAUGGAGAGUGCCAGAAUGGAACUUCAGGGUUCACCCAAGGAGGCAUAUAAACAGUUGCCUCUUUUUUGUGAGAAGUUGGUGGAGACUAAUCCAGGCAGUUUUGCAAGUCUUAGCACUAAGGAUGACUUAAGCUUCCAAUGUCUUUUUAUCUCCUAUUAUGCUUCACUCUAUGGCUUCCAGAAUGGUUGUCGCCCACUCAUUUUCCUUGAUUCUACCUCUCUAAAAUCAAAAUACCAGGAGAUACUAUUGGUUGCAACUGCAGUGGAUGGGAAUGAUGGAGCAUUUCCAGUUGCUUUUGCUGUAGUAGAUGUGGACAAUGAUGAUAGUUGGCACUGGUUUUUGGAGCAACUGAAGCCUGUUGUUUUAACAUCUAGAACCAUUACCUUUGUUUCAGACCGAGAGAAGGGACUGAAGAAAUCUGUGCAUGAAGUUUUUGAGAAGUCCCACCAUGGGUACUGUAUCCAUCACCUCAUGAAGAAAUUCAAGAAAAACUUGAAGGGUCCAUAUCAUGGGGAUGGGAGAUGUUCUUUGGCUGGAAAUCUUUUGGCUGCUGCUCAUGCAUCCAGACUCGAUGGGUUCAGAAUUUGCACUCAGAAAAUAAAAAGUGUCUCUUCAGAAGCUUAUAAUUGGGUCAUGCAGAGUGAACCCGAAUAUUGGGCAAAUUCGCAAUUUAAGGGUGAACGGUACAACCAAAUCAAACUAGACAUGGUAGAGUUGCUCAAUAACUGGAUAAAGGAGGUGCGUGAGUUAUCAAUAAUACAAAAGAUUGACACCAUAAGCUGUAAAAUGAUGGAGUUGAUCUCUACACGUCGAGUGGAAUCAAGUAACUGGCAUACAAAGCUGACUCCAUCAAAAGAGGAGAGACUGCAAGAAGAGAAAAUAAAAGCACAUGCCCUUAAAGUGUUAUUUUCUUCUGAUAGCAUGUUUGAAGUUCAUGACGAUUCUAUUCAUGUUGUUAACCUUGACCAAUGCGAUUGUAGUUGCCAGGGGUGGAAAAGUGUUGGAUUGCCUUGUUGCCAUGCUAUUGCUGUUUUUAACUGCACUGGCAGGAGUCCCUGUGAUUACUGUUCAAGAUUCUUCAUGACUGAGGCUUUUGUCUUAACGUAUUCGGAGUCAAUAAACCCACUGCCAGAUAUUGGCAAGCCUGUGAGCAGAGAGUCCUCAGAUGCAGGUCAAGUAAAUCCUCCUCACAUCCAUCGUCCCCCAACCCUACCUAAAAAGAGGAAACGGACCAAAUCUCAAAAAACGGUGAAAAGGUCACUUCAUUGUAGCAAGUGCAAAGGAGAAGGACACAAUAGAGCUACAUGCAAAGAAACAUAAAAGGUGCAAUACUAUGCCCUCUAUUGUACAUGUAGUUUAGUGUGGUGCAGAAAGACUUUUCACUCUAAAGGUGAUCAUGUAUUAUACAGAGGUUAUCUUUGUUUAGAUUAGUGUAGUAGUUGUUGAACAUGAUAAUUGGUCAUUGACUGACUUAGUCUUGUUUAAAUUUUAUAUCUCAAACCAAUUUGUUACUUUCUUUUUGGUAUUGGGACCAGUUUACCACAUUCACGGGAAUUUUUUCUUGUGGUCCAAGUGUGUGUGUCCCAAAACAUUAUUCUUGAAUAUAUUCACCAUUCCAUUGGAGGUCCA